AUGUCUAAAAUUAUAAGACAACAAUUAAACUUAUUAAAUAAAGAAAAAGAAGAAGAGAAAUCAUCUUUAGAUUUCGAGCACGACGGAAAUGAUACAUUUAUAGAGAGAAAACAUAGAUCACCUUUAGAUAAAAUAAUAGAAAAGAAAGUAGAUGAAGAAGAUAUUUUACAAAGUAAUUUAGAUAGAUUUAGAAAGAAGUUAGAUAUUAAAUCACGUUCAAAGUCAGCAAAGAAAAAGCAAGAAUUGAUAGAAAAGACAGUUGCAUUCACCGAUGAUACAAACAAGAAAUCAGCCAAAGAAAAGAAGUGGUUGCGAAUGACAUUGACAUUAAUAUUGAUUUUCUUGGGUGUAAUAAUUAUCACAAUUGUGUUGAUGAUGCAGCAUUGUAACAAUUGUCCAAUUUACAUUUAUAGUAAUAUUGCAGUUUUUAUAGGGAAAUUAUAUGAAUAA